GCCGGCGCGCUUGCUGCGGAAAGGUAAAGCAGUGCUGGGAGCGUACUAGGGGUCAUGCCGCGGGGUCGUCUCUGCGCCUGCGCCCUGCCGGGAUGCUGAACCUCGCGGCGCUGCUGUGGCGCCGGCUCCUGCGCAAGCGCUGGGUGCUCGCCCUGGUUUUCGGGCUCUCGCUGGUUUACUUCCUUAGCAGUACCUUCAAGCAGGAAGAGAGGGCCGUAAGAGACCGGAACCUCCUCCAGGUUCAAGACCGGGAACAGCCCAUCCCUUGGAAGGUGCAGUUUAACCUAGGCAACAGCAGCCGACCCAGCAACCAGUGCCGGAACUCCGUUCAAGGGAAACACCUCAUCACCGACGAGCUGGGCUAUGUCUGCGAGAGGAAGGACCUGCUGGCGAACGGCUGUUGCGAUGUCAGUGUCCCCAGCGCGAAGCAGUACUGCUGUAAUGGGUGCCUGGCCAAUGGCUGCUGCGAAGCCUACGAGUACUGUGUCUCCUGCUGUCUGCAGCCCAGCAAGCAACUUCUCCUGGAGCGCUUCCUCAACCGGGCAGCCGUGGCCUUCCAGAACCUCUUCAUGGCAGUUGAGGACCACUUCGAGCUCUGCUUGGCCAAAUGCAGGACCUCAUCCCAGAGCGUGCAGCAUGAGAACACGUACCGUGACCCCAUAGCCAAGUACUGCUACGGAGAGAGCCCGCCUGAACUCUUCCCUGCGUGAGGCCUGACGGAGAGACACACCCAGAACCAGUCCGGUCCAGUGGGUAAUGAAGGAGAAAACCACACAAGGAUCCUUAGCCUUGGCCAUGUCUGUGGCUUUGAGUGUCUCCGGCUCCCUCACUGACCGCUGGAGCAGAUGGACAGAGCCGUUCUGUAGAGCAUGCUGGACCAGGUCCUGGCACCUCGCAGGGCCCUGGGACUGCUAUUCAGAGGCCGGUGCUCGCCUCUGUUUUGGUCCUGUGCUGUAGUUAUUUAUUGAUUUCAGAGUGGAGGAAGGCGCUGUGUUUUGUGCAGGACACCUUUGCCUUUCCAGAGGAGUACAGUGGAGGAGGUGACUGUAGCCCUCGGUUCCUGAGCGUCGUCCCAAGUGCAUGUGUGCUCCGGGAGUGUGGGUGUGUGCACUCAGUUCUGGUUCUGUUUUAACGUCUGACCAGUAAGCCUUGUAUCCACAUUCCCAACCUUCAAGGGUGCCUAAAGCCUGGGAGGUUCCGGACCACGCUGAGCCUGUGUAGAGCUGCCUUGGUGGGCUCACAGACUAAAAUGGUAGAUGAAUCCCUGGCUGACUCUCCCAGUGGAGUUGGCCGUCACUGUUUCUCCUCAGCCUCGGGCUGGGGAGCCUUUCCCUUGUCUGUCACAGAAGCCAGUAGGGACUGGCGAGUGUCUGCAUGAAUGAGUGCAGCAUCCGCUCACUCUUGGCUGCUCUCUGCCCCCGAUGGCGUUUAUAAGGAAAAGCCUCAGGUCUUACUCCAGCCAAGGCCAGCUUCACAUCCCCCAUCAGCGGGAGAUGAAUGUGCGAGCUGCAGUCUAGAGAGCUUCCCAAGGCAGGUCUGUGUCCAUAGUAACUGAAACGGAGGUUUUAAGCCUAAGGUCAAGACACCGCCAUCCUGUUUUAUCCCAUUAGCACACAUUUCCUCCCCAGACCUUUUGCCGACCCUUACAAUGGGCCAUGGUGUUGUGUGGUUUUGGUUCAGGUUGACCUGGGAUCUACUGUGAGUCUCAAGGUUUCCUAUCCGUGGCUUCGGGGAACCUUGUCUCACUGCUGUGUUUACCUCCAGGAUGGAAUUUCCCCCAGCUCCCUCCUGCUUCCUCUUGCUGUUCGCGUCGGAAUUGUAUUCUCUCAGCUCUACGGAAGGACAGACUGACGGGCGGUUGCUCUCUUGUUUUGUCUUGCCAUGCCGGGCUCGAGCCCAGGACUUUGUGUACGAUUGGCAAACUCACUGUUACGGAGCCACGGCCCUGGCCAGGGAAUCGAUGUCUAGUGUUAGAUCCCAGUGAUUCUUUUCUGUUUGCCCUGGACUUCUCGGUGUGUUGACUCAAACUUCACAAAAGAACUGGGUGAUCCUGCACGUUCUGG